AUGUCAGAAUCUACUUUAUCAACUAAAGGCGACAGUAAUAAAUCAGUUUCAUCACCCAUAACUUCUAAAUCUCUAUUUUCGUUCUUUGGCUCACAUUCUAAUCAUAGUCGCCAAUCUUCACAGCAACUUAGUUCUUAUGGCAACGCUUACAGUAAAAAAGAUAAAUUAGUUCACCGUCAUAGUUUUACCCCUUCUAUAGAAGUUAAAGAGACGCACACUAUGUACAAGGACUAUGACCCUAAUACAGGAAAUAAGAUGAUUAACAAGUAUAUGCUAGUUAGAGAAUUAGGCAGAGGAGUGCACGGAAAAGUAAAGUUAGGAAAGGAUUUGGAUUUAGGUGAAUGGGUUGUGAUUGAUCGGGUUACUCGUCGUCGUUUAGGACAACGUAACGAUCUUACAAACGAACAAAAAAUUCGAAAAGAAAUUGCGAUACUGAAAAAAUGUAUCCACCCACACGUCGUAAGAUUAAAAGAAGUUAUUGAUGAUCCGAUGAGCAGGAAGAUUUAUAUGGUAAUCGAAUACAUGGAAGGUGGAGAAAUACAAUGGAAAGAUGAAUACGAUCGACCUAUUAUGAGCGUAGAGGGGGCAAGACGAAUUUUUAGAGAUGUUGUGUUAGGUUUGGAAUAUCUUCACCAUCAAGGAAUUAUACAUCGUGAUAUAAAACCAGCCAAUCUGUUGCUUACGGGCGAUAAUGUAGUUAAAAUUUCCGAUUUUGGUGUAUCACAUUUUAGUCAAAAAAAAUCAACAUUAACUUUACAUGGAAAGAAUCAGACAAAAACUUCGGAAGACUCAGAUUUAGCAAAAACUGCAGGAAGUCCAGCCUUUUUUGCUCCAGAAUUAUGUUUUCCCGGUGACUUGUUACAAGAUAUGUCGCCUGCUUCGAUUAUCUCAGAAAACACAUCAUCAAAUAACUCCGUCAAUAUGCGGACACAACGACCUCCUAUUACAAAAGCAAUUGAUAUAUGGGCACUUGGUGUGACUCUUUAUUGCUUUAUUUUCGGUCAAUGUCCCUUUAUAGCUGAUACAGAAUUCGAGCUAUUUUUCAAUGUUAUACCAAAGCAGCCUUUAGGAUUUCCUGAAGGCAUGCCAAUAUCGGGUGAUUUAAGGGAUUUGCUUAUGAAGUUAUUAGAAAAAGAUCCAAAGAAACGAAUUACUUUGGAAGAAGUCAAGAAACAUCCAUGGGUUGUGGCAGAUAUACCAAAUCCGGAGAAAUGGCGCGAAGAAACAGAUCCAAAGAAAUAUAAAGCUGUCACAGUAUCUGACGAAGAAGUCAAAAGCGCCUAUACUUUGAAAGAUCGGUUAAAAAAGAAAAUUCGAAAGAUUUCAUUAUCGCUUGGAAACCUUACCAUAGGAAGUCUUCGUAAACGCUCCAAAUCUAUAUCAGAAGAAUCAUCAUCACCUAUGGGUUCUCCCGUCUGUUCACAUAAAACUCAUUAUCAAUCAUCAUCAUCUCCGAUCAAUAUUCUUCCAUCUGACGAAAAUCAAACAUUGCAAGUAGCACAUCAACGUCAUCAAAGUCUUUAUGGUUCUAGCUUUCCUGAAAUAUACGCACGUCAAAGACAAAAGGAUAUUGAAAAUUAUGUUGAUGAUGAUACAAAUUCACAACAAUGGGAUAAGGCAGAAUAUUAUUUACCGAGAAAUUCAAGACAAUUUGCAAUGAAAAGACUUUCGAAUAAUUCACAUAGUUCCUUAAAUAAGAGUUGGAUUUAUGAAGGAGAAGAUAAAGAGGAGAAUAUAAUAGCACAAGAUAAAAACAUUGAAAAUGAUUCGUUAAAUCAUAAUAAAUCACGUAUGGACAAUGGAAAAAAUAAAUUUUUGGUGGUAAUUAAUAGAUCAAAUCCAAAUUUAUCUAAUAAUAAUAAUAACACGACGAAUGCUUUGGUACAACCAUCACAGACUGAUCAUGGUUUAGAAACAACUAGUAGAGAAAACAUAGAGAUCCUUGAUACCAUGGAUAGUGAUGAGGAAGAUGGUGUUGUAUUUGGGGUCAAUGCUUCCCGUGGAUGGUAUACCCCACAAGUUCUUAAUCCGAACACUUCAAACGAUUCAAAUAAUUCGAACAAUUCUAACGAUGCCUGUGCAUCGCAUGGGGAUACAACUAAGAACAACGAUAAGUCGCCAUCAGGAAAUCCAAAAGGAGGAGGAAAAGAUGGGAAAAGUCCAGACGGAGGUGAACCAACCCCAAAGGAAGGUGGAAAAGCUCCUGACGGAGGUGAUGGAAAAGUUCCAGGUGGAGGUGCCCCAGACGGAGAUGGUAAGGCUCCUGGCGGAGGUGGCGGAGGAGAUGGAAAAGCUCCCGGAGGAGGAGGAGGAAAUGGAAAUGGAAAGGCUCCCGGGGGAGGAGGAGGAGAUGGAAAGGCCCCUGGUGGAGGUGCGCCAGAUGGAGAUGGAAAGGCUCCUGGUGGAGGUGCGCCAGAUGGAGAUGGAAAGGCUCCUGGUGGAGGUGAACCAACUCCAAAGGAAGGUGGAAAAGUUCCCGAAACAGCUUUUCUUGGCUAUGCUCUCUUUUCAAAAGCUAAAAUCGCAACAGCAAAUACACAAGUUAAUGGUUUAAUGACAUUCUUUCAACCGCCGGAUGGAGAAAUCACAAUUUCAGGAAAGAUAAGUGUCCUAUUAAAUAAAUUGGAUGGAAAUUAUAAAUUUGUUAUUAUGGACGAAAAUCAAGUUCUGUAUGAUUUUACUGGACAAUUUGUUCCAAUGUUUUUUGGACAGGCUACAUUAUUUAGCUUUACUUUAAAUACGGUUAGAUUAGAUGGAGCUGAUUCUAUUGUUGGAAAAUUUUUUACCAUUUAUGAAUCUGAUGUAAUACUUACUUAUGGUCUUAUAGAACAGGAAUUUUAA